GCGCGGCGAUGCGCGCGGGGCGCUGCUCUGGCCGCACGGCCCGGCCCCAGGUGGAGGCCCGCACGACAGUAACUUUCUCUUCGUGGGAGUCAUGACCGCGCAGAAGUACCUGCAGACUCGCGCCGUGGCCGCUUACAGAACAUGGUCCAAGACAAUUCCUGGGAAAGUUGAAUUCUUCUCUAGUGAGGGUUCAGACACAUCUAUACCCAUUCCAGUAGUGCCACUACAGGGUGUGGACGACUCCUACCCACCCCAGAAGAAGUCUUUCAUGAUGCUCAAGUACAUGCAUGACCACUACUUGGACAAGUAUGAAUGGUUUAUGAGAGCAGAUGAUGAUGUUUACAUCAAAGGAGAUCGUCUGGAGAACUUUCUGAGGAGUUUGAAUAGCAGUGAGCCCCUCUUUCUUGGGCAGACAGGACUGGGCACCACAGAAGAAAUGGGAAAACUGGCACUUGAGCCUGGUGAGAACUUCUGCAUGGGGGGCCCAGGGGUCAUCAUGAGCCGGGAGGUCCUCCGGAGAAUGGUACCGCACAUUGGGAAGUGUCUCCGAGAAAUGUACACCACCCAUGAGGACGUGGAGGUGGGAAGAUGUGUCCGGAGGUUUGCAGGGGUGCAGUGCGUCUGGUCUUACGAGCUCCCUAGGAGAGUACUCUGGCCGCAUCCUGGAGUUCUCCUUUGGCCUCCAGAGGGGAUGCAGUUUACUCCUACGGAAGGGCCCUGCAGGAUGCAGCAGCUUUUUUAUGAGAAUUAUGAACAGAACAAAAAGGGUUACAUCCGAGAUCUCCAUAACAGUAAGAUUCACCGAGCCAUCACGUUACACCCCAACAAAAACCCACCCUACCAGUACAGACUUCACAGCUACAUGCUUAGUCGCAAAAUCGCUGAGCUUCGGCAUCGCACAAUACAGCUCCACCGAGAAAUUGUCCUGAUGAGCAAGUACAGUAACACCGAGAUUCACAAAGAAGAUCUCCAGCUGGGAAUUCCUCCUUCUUUUAUGAGGUUUCAGCCCCGCCAGCGAGAGGAGAUUUUGGAAUGGGAGUUUCUUACUGGAAAAUACUUGUACUCAGCUGUGGAUGGUCAGCCGCCUCGAAGAGGAAUGGACUCCGCGCAGAGAGAAGCCUUGGACGACAUUGUCAUGCAGGUGAUGGAGAUGAUCAACGCCAAUGCCAAGACCAGGGGGCGCAUCAUCGACUUUAAGGAGAUACAAUACGGCUAUCGCCGAGUCAAUCCCAUGUACGGGGCCGAGUAUAUCCUAGACCUGCUGCUUCUGUAUAAGAAACACAAAGGGAAGAAGAUGACAGUCCCCGUGAGGAGGCAUGCCUAUUUACAGCAGACUUUCAGCAAGAUCCAGUUUGUGGAGCACGAGGAGCUGGACGCCAAGGAAUUGGCCAACAAAAUUAACCAAGAAUCUGGAUCCUUAUCCUUUUUCUCCAAUUCCCUGAAGAAGCUUGUUCCAUUUCAGCUCCCUGGAUCAAAAAACGAGCACAAAGAGCCCAAAGAGAAGAAGAUAAACAUAUUGAUUCCUUUGUCUGGACGCUUUGAUAUGUUUUCGAGAUUCAUGGGAAACUUUGAAAAGACAUGUCUCAUUCCAAAUCAGAAUGUCAAGCUUGUUGUUCUGCUUUUCAAUUCCGACUCCAACCCUGACAAGGCUAAACAAGUUGAACUGAUGAGAGAUUAUCGCGUUAAGUAUCCUAAGGCUGACAUGCAGAUUCUGCCUGUGUCUGGAGAAUUUUCAAGAGCCCUAGCCCUUGAAGUAGGAUCUUCCCAGUUUAAUAAUGAAUCUUUGCUCUUCUUCUGUGAUGUUGACCUCGUGUUUACUACAGAAUUCCUUCAACGAUGUAGAGCAAAUACAGUUCUGGGCCAACAAAUAUACUUCCCAAUCAUCUUCAGCCAGUACGAUCCAAAGAUUGUUUAUAGUGGGAAAGCUCCCAAUGACAACCAUUUUGCCUUUACUCAAAAAACUGGCUUCUGGAGAAACUAUGGGUUCGGCAUUACAUGUAUUUAUAAGGGCGACCUUGUCCGAGUGGGUGGCUUUGAUGUUUCCAUCCAGGGCUGGGGGCUCGAGGAUGUGGACCUUUUCAACAAAGUGGUGCAGGCAGGUUUGAAGACGUUUAGAAGCCAGGAAGUAGGAGUAGUACACAUCCACCAUCCCGUCUUUUGUGAUCCCAACCUUGAUCCCAAGCAAUACAAAAUGUGCUUGGGAUCCAAAGCCUCCACGUAUGGGUCCACACAGCAGCUGGCUGAGAUGUGGCUAGAAAAAAAUGAUCCGAGUUAUAGUAAAAGCAGCAAUAAUAACGGCUCAGUGAGGACAGCCUAGUGUCCAGCUCUGCUGGAAAAAUACAUUUUUAAUUAUCUAAUUUAUUUUUCAGAAAUUUUUUGUACGACCCAUUUUUGAAGUCCACACAAGGAUAUAUUUUACAAGUGAUUUUCUUACAAAGGACUCCUUUAAGACUGAGCUUUUUGAACAAAAAUGUGAUCAAUGUUUGCCUUUGAACACAACUUCUUGCUGAACGUUAUGUAGCCGACCUGCUUAAUUAUGACUUGAAAUGUACCCGAUGAACAAAGUGUUUUUACAUUUCCUUCUCAGACCCCUUUGCUACGGUCCUAUGGCAGAAAACGUGAACAUUCCUGCAAAGUAUUAUUGUAACAAAACACUGUAACUCUCGUAAAUGUUCUGUUGUGACUGUUAACGCUGCACAGAUUCUACCUUUUGUCUUUUUUACAAUGAUUUUUAUUUUUUAAAAAAGCCAUUUCGUGUUCCAGUUGUAAAAUAAGGAAAUAAGUUAAUAGUUGUAUCAUCAUCUUCAGGAGGGCUUUGCACAGUUGAUUAUUUCCCCCAGACUGUGCUGGUUGUGGUCAUGUCGUUUGGAAGGCAGGGGGCGAGGAAAGCACAAUGCGGUGGAUGGCUGUUCUUGUCGUAAUUUGUUUGGCUUAAGUGGACCUGGUAUUAAAUUUCAAGAAGGAUUUAUUUAGUAUUUUUCUCUCUUCCUGACCCUUCUCUUUAAAGGGUAAAAUAUUAAUAUUUAGAAUGGCACAGAAGAGUUACUGUAAUAAAUCUAAUGUGUGUGAGCUUAAAAACAACAACAAAACACAUGAAAACAUUGAGGGAAAACGUACCUGGUUUUGUUCACUUCAUCCUGUCUGUGUUACAUUGGUGGAGAUGGUUAUUUCAUUCUUUAAUUACUGUUUUGCUUUAUCGUUUCUUUCUGAAGUACCUUUAAUUUAUUUAAUAUCCAUUGUGUAGCGCUCUGUCAUUUCUCGAGUACCUGUUAUUAGUAUUUAUGUGUAUCAGGAGUGUGACUCACUGUUUAGUAUGUUUGGUUUGCAGUAAACUGAUCUCCAAAGAUUUCCUUUUGAAAACGAUCCCCCCCGCCCUUAAUUUUUACAUUCCUCACUGUUUUACUAAAUAUUAAGUGUUCUUUUUGACAGUUCUGGUGCUGACAUGUUUUGGGGAGCAAAAGUAAAAUGAAUCUGUCAUUACUGCAGAAACUUUAAGUUUGUUUUAAACUCACAGAUCAAAUGUGCCUUAAUAAAUUUUUUUUCAUUUAGAUUUCAAACAAUAAUAGGAUUGCCAUUUUAAUAUACAUCAUUGGAGAUCUGCUUCUUUGUAAAUAGCCUGUUGCUCAUUUGGAAAAAUAAACCAGUGAACAGUAUUUUUCUAUUGUACUUUUCCAAAACAUUUUGUCUCAUUAUUCCUAUUUUAGCUCAAAAAUUGUAUUACAUUCGGAGAGUAAAAAACUUAAACGCUGAUUCAGAACGUUUUUCACGUGAUUUGAGGGAAAUGUGUAUGUGACCUGCAGUUUGGGAGUGGGGUGAAGCUAAAUGCCUCUUCCUCUUUUUUCCUAGUGUGAAGUUGUCUUUGGUCGUUCCCUCUCAGCUUGUUGGCUCCGAGUUCUCUAGAGCACUAGUUUUCCAGCUAGAUCCAAAGACCUUCCAGAGCACUUGAUACAAGCCACCUUCCUGGGCCCGUUAGACCCACUGGAUCAGUCAGAAUCUGCAUGUAACCAGUGCCCCCAGGGUGCCGCGUGCACUGACCUUCUCGGGCCUUAGUGUGGGUCUAGCUGCUGGGAGAACUGCACACAGUUGCUGCAUAGCCCAAUGGUCAAAGUCACGUCUUUGAUGCCAAGGUAGCGAGCUUUUGUGGAAGAGAACUAAGCUCCCAGGAGAGGUAUUUACAGUGUAAUGACAGUUAGGUCCCAGGAUAAUGACACUGUGCUCACACUAAGAAUUGCUGUAAUUCAGCCUAAUUGCAAUUUACUUUAGGGGAGUGUUUAGUUUUCCUUGGGAAAAAGCACAUUUCUUCAGUAAGGAAGAACAUAAUAUACAUCUUGAUGACAAAGUAAUUUAAAUUCUCCCUUAUUUAUCAUAAUAGCAGUAGGGAUUUGGGAAAGAGCGUGAGUGA